ACCCUCCAUCCUCUCCAUCCUUCCCCUCCCCAUCAUGCUAUUCGAUUCCAGUGGCGGCUACGAAAAACAAAGUGAGAGGAGCCCAAGGCCAGUUCCCUAUCGUCCAGAACAUGACUGUGACAGAAGGAGGAAUAGCCAACUUGACCUGCCGUGUGGAACAAAAUGACAACACCUCCCUCCAGUGGUCAAACCCUGCACAACAGACGCUCUUCUUUGGGGACAAGAAAGCACUGAGAGAUAACCGGAUUGAGCUGGUCCGGGCCACGUCGCAGGAGCUGACGAUCAGCAUCAGCGAGGUCACGCUGGCAGACGAGGGGAUGUACACCUGCUCUCUCUUCACCAUGCCUGUCAAAACAGCCAAGGCUUUUCUCACCGUCCUGGGUAUGCCUAAGAAACCAGAGAUUAAUGGACUCACCAAGCCUGUGAUGGAGGGAGAUCAGAUCACUCUGACCUGUGUGACCUCUGGCAGCAAACCUGCGGCUGAUGUCCGAUGGUUCAAAAAUGAGAAGGAGAUCAAAGGUGCCAAAGAGGUGAAUGCCAGUGGCAAGACCUUCACAGUGAAGAGUUCCCUGCAGUUCCAGGUGAACCGGCAUGAUGACGGUGUGGCCUACACUUGUAGAGUGGACCACGUGGCCCUAACUGCCACCCAUGAAGAGACAACACAGGUUUUGGAAGUCCACUAUGCUCCCUAUGUAGAGAUCAAACACUCCAUACCAGCCCCACUGGAGGGGCAGAACCUCAAACUGGAAUGUGUUCCUCAUGGAAACCCCUCGCCAGACCCAGUACUCUGGACUAAAGACGGAGGAGAGCUGCCAGACCUGGACCGGGUGAUUGUUGAAGGAAGAGAGCUCACCUUCAUGGCACUGAACAAAACAGACAACGGCACCUACCGCUGUGAAGCUACCAAUCACCUUGGCACCAGCCAUGCUGAAUAUAAGCUGGUUGUUAAAGAUGCCCCCACCACAUCGUCCCCAUCCACAACUUCCCCUGCACCCACCCUCCCAGACACUACAGGUCCCUUAGACUCCAAGCAUCUCAAUUCUGCUGUCACCGGUAACAGAGAUCCUAAUGCCCUGUCAGGCCCACCAGACCAUGCUCUGAUUGGUGGAAUUGUCGCUGUUGUCGUCUUUGCAACUCUGUGCUUAAUUAUUGUAUUGGGACGUUACCUGGCACGGCAUAAAGGCACAUAUUUGACAAACGAGGCCAAAGGAGCGGAUGAUGCCCCGGACGCAGACACAGCCAUCAUCAAUGCUGACGGCAACCACGCACACGCAGAAGAAAAGAAAGAGUAUUUCAUUUAGACUGCAAGUGGCACUGCGCUCCUCUCUCUCUCUCCUUCUCUCUUUCUCUCUCUCUCUCUCCUCUCGUUCCUUCCCUCCUUCCCUGCACCUUGUAGGAACUUCUUCAGACAGCAGCGGAAGCUUCUUCUCACACUUCUAUACCAUUCAGUUUGUUGUUUUUCAUUUCGGUAUGGAUUUCUUUUGCUUUUUUCGACAACAGCUCGCCCCCUCCUUUUCACAAGCAACUUAUUUGCUGAAGAUGUCACCUUUUGUAAUCAUUAAAUAGCUGUAAAACACCCCAAAGUAGUACAAAAAAAGUCAAAAUCUCCAAAUAUGUAGAAAAAAGAAGAUAAUCUGUAGCCAUUUUUCAGUAAGGACUCACCCUUCAUCCUCUCACAGUGCCUAAAUAUACAGAUGUCCGCCGAGUUUCAGUCAAUGCCUUCAUGUUUGUCAGGCCUCUGAUUGGUUGCUUGCUUUUUAUCUUCAGCGUUAUGAUUUCAAAAAAUGUUUUGUGCUCUGUUACGUUUUUUUUUUUUUUUUAAUUUCUACUUUGAUUUUGGUUGUGAUUCAUGCUGAAUCCAUUUAUUGUGAUGUUUCUCCCCCAAAAAAAUGAUGUACAGUAGUAAAAAUAUACUCAGACUUGGAGUGAGGGAGGUUCCCUUUUUAUUCUACAGAUUUUUAGGUGUUAAUAAUGUUAUCAGUACGUAGCGAAGCUCCAUUUUCCAAAUUACCAUUACAUGAUGUGAAACCGACGGCUCACACUAUGGCUAAAAUCAGUAUUUUGUACUUGAACUGUAGAUAUUGGUACGUAAAAAUGAAUAGCUUCACAGAAGGUCUCAGUGUGUUCCACCGAAAAUCACCUUGUAUUUUUAAUUAGAUGAAACUGUUAGGUUUACCAACUCUGGUCACCAAAUAAACCAUAGCAGGCUAGUGAAUUAGCAACCAGGCAAAGAAAGAAAGAACAAGCCCAGUUGUGUGUUUGUGUAGUAUGAUGUUGCAUCUUCACUGCUAGGUUCUGAAGCAGUCUGUCUAUUCCUGCACUGAUCGGCCCGCAGACACAGCAUUUUCAUAAUCCGCGAACAUAUCUGUUUACACAACCGUUGUGCCGAGCACUUAAAUCUCACAAUACAGAAAAGUGAUAUUUAACAAAAACAAGUAGUGUGCACCUAUUUCAGUGCUUUUAAACCUGCACAUCACUGGUCAGAUAUAUAUACAGUUCAUUUAAGAUCCCAAAAACGUUUUAUGCAAACCUAAACAUUAUAAUAACGAUGAGAGAACGUUGCCCAUGCAUAUCGCUCAUUUUACCGCGUGAGGUUUUGGCCAAUCAAAAAAUAAGCACAAAUGACUCACAUCAACUCAUGAAUCAGUCUAACACAGCAAUUGUGAAGUAAAAAAACUAACUUUCAUUGCCCAAACUGGACAUCAGUACGCUUCAUGCUCACUGAAGUCAAAGGUUAUGUUAAUGUUUGGAAGUGUUUUUGAAAUUGCGGUCUCUUUUUUUCUGUUCUUCUGUUGAUUUCUAUGAUGAAUAGACAACCUUGCUAAGGCUGUAAAAUAUAUCUGCUAAAUGUGGUAACUAGUGAAAAUUGUGGUUAGCCUUUGGGAUCCCUAAUUCCAUCAAGUUUGUAUAUUAGCUGAUCUAAAUAUUGGUGGGGAACAAUCGUACAUUUUUUUCAUCUUGUUUGUCAAUAAAAGAUUCUCAACAGCCUCAUAAACUUUGCUUUAGCUCAAGGCGUGUAUAUACUGUACAAGUAUCACAUUUUGGUAAAACAUUUUCGAAAGGAAUGUUUUUGUUCGACUCGCAUUGUAAAUUAUUUCAUUUUGCUUAGUUGAAAACCACUCAAUGAGUCUGACAGAAUUUGUGACAGCAGUGGAAUAAUUAAUGAAACAGCAACGCUAUGUGUUUGUUGAAUGGGAGACUUUUAAAUCACCUUCACCUGAUGUUCGUUUCCUGUAAAUGAUGACGAUUAGUGUUCAUACUUGCUUUCACAGUCCGUCUCCAUUCCCACAUAUCGGAGCUUAUAAAGCCCACAGAUGGUCGAGCUUUAAAUUUGAGCAUUUUAGUCAUUAUGCACCACAAUAACACAUAUCACUUCCAUGUACAAGUAUGUUACUCAAAUGUAAUUGUCUCGUCACAUGUAUCUCUAAUAUGUGGGAUAUUAUUAAUGGCUAGGAAUAUGGUAUCCUUUGAUAGAGUCACAGGGCUGUGUGUUAUCAGUCAGAUUACAUACUUCUGAAGGCCAAACCAUUUAUCAGUGCACAAAAAAAAUUAAGCUUUAUGAAAUGAAACAUAACCACUGACAUGCUACUCAAGCCACAAUUGCCAUUAAUCUAUUUCUCUUUUCCUUCUACUUCCUCUCUCUUUAUGUGGAUUGGCUGAAAGGCGUCUGUCUGGCAUAAUAACUGCUAACAAUGUUUGGUACUUGUCUGUCUGAUUGUGACACUGACCUAAUGCUGCCUUUGUGGUCAGUAAAUCACAUGCUAUUAUCAAGAAAAUAUAUCCACUUGCUCAGAUUUUGACCCGUUACAGGACAUACUCAACAUUUCUAAGAACAAAUAAAUCAGCUUCUUUUACCACCAUAAUUGCCUUUGUGUUUGUAGUAGGAGCUUUGUGCUGUUUUGUUUCAGCGAUGACUGGUCACCCAAUGCCUGGUUGUUUUUUUCCUUCAAACUCGCCUUUAUAAAUUGCAUGUUAUAUUGUCACCCCGUAUUUACAUUUUUAAUGCACCAAUGCAUUUCCAGUUUACUUUUUUUUUUUUUUUAGCUAGUGACUGCAGUCGAAUUUACAAAGGGUUCAUAGCUAAAGUGACUGCCUAAAAUGUUUGGAUUUAAAGUCUUGUAUUUAUUCAGUAUGUAAUCUAGCUGGUAUGGAAAGAUUGUGAUUAUGAAAAUACAGACCAUACAAACAUGCUAACAGCAAGCUACACUGAAAUCAGUUCAUUUGAAUUGGUAAUUUGUGGAAUUCCAUGAGGGCGAUGAUGUUCCCUAUGUAGGCAGCUCACUAGGUUUUGGAACAGAGCGCAAAUUUAGUCAGAAACAUUUUUUACAAACUGCAAAGUGACAGUUCACCUACAACUGUUGUUUCACUAUGUUGUGGAUACAGACAUGAUUUGGAAAAAGAAAAAAUAUGUUCAAUAUGUUUAAAUAAAAUGCACCUGGGUUAUUUCUCCUCCUGACAGACUAUAAAAAAGUAGGCUAUACCAAUAAGCAGGCAGAUUUUGUUGGCAGAAUAAUAAAAAGCCUGCCUAAAAUGCACCAUUUAUGAAAUGUGAAAAGUAGAAAGCAUUUGCUCUGAUCAGCUUUCAUUUACUGAAAGGGUUUAGAGUUCAAAAUAUUUCAUACACUGAAAUAAAAUAAUUUGUGUAUUAAAACAUCUAGCAAAGAGUCUUUUUAACCAACUGGCUAGAAUAGAAACUGUAACACUGUUAAUCAAAAAUGUUAAUUGAUGUCACCCAGUUACAUUAUUUUAAGUCACUGCUUUUUUUUUUUUUUUUUUUUUUUUUUUUUUUGCAUCUCAGGAAUGGAGUGUUUUUCUUUCUAUUUUAACUCAUAUAGGUACCUCAUGCCAAUUUAUUUCUAAUUUGCGUAAUCAUGCUGCAUUUUAAACAUCCUUAUAAUCACACUAAUAUCUCAGUGCUUUUUUAAUGCUCAUGCCAGUGUGUGUAUAUAUGCUUGUUUCCAAUUCAUAUCACACAAGCUGUAUAUUGUUUAAACACAUCCGCAUAAUAAAGCAAACUGUCCGGUUGCUGUAAUGAUCCGUUGCAAAAUUUAGACCAGAAAAAGAUGCACUCUAAUUUAGCUUGUUAAUGUGUUACACUAAGAGGGCAGUUGUCAUAGUAAGGACACGCUACAAGUAGGUCAAGAACAAAUAGUUUGGAGAAAACGCUGUUUUCACAGUUUUUCGCAUGACCUUGCUAGAAUUAGCUGCACCGAUGAUGACACAAUACACACAGUUCCAGAAAUGUCUGUAGUUCAAAUGUAAAAGAUAAACAGACAAACGCUACUUAAAUUUCACCAUGUUCCUCUCACGUUGCAAAACUCUUCUGCAUGCCAGUGAAGCAGAUGUAGUGGAAAAGCAUCCUGUGCACUGGUAGAUUGAGUUCCUGGUUUUUAAGCAAAACAGUCUCCCUAGCUCUUGAAAUGAUAGUGGCUUCAGAACACAAAGGGUUUGUGCUUCUUGUAGCAAGCUGAAAUGAAAACGCCUCAUUUGAUUUCUUUCCUUUUUUAUGUGUUCCUUGGUGUAUUGAUUCAUUUGGUUCAAAAAAUCAAUUUUAAGCCUAAUUCACAUGUAUGGAAUGAAAUUGUUAAAUAAAUAAAUGCCAAAAAUUCC